AGACGGUCUCGCAUCUACCGUAGUUACUGUGACACGAUUGCAAUACGAAUCUUCUUGGCAGCCGCACCGUCUCACUGCGCCCAGUUGAAGCAAAAUGCCGUACUUAUUUUGGCCUGCCAAUUUAAAUAUCUGACAGCAUAUAGCAUCUGCUACAAUAUAACUUUACUGAGCGGUUCGCAUUUGUACCGGACGGUUAAGGCGGAUAGACAGUCGACAUGACGGGGAACUUGUUGAGUUAACCAGUUCAAACUUCGUUUACGGAGUUUUCGCGCCAAUCCGAUCUUUGUGUGAUUUGAAAAGGAUCAGUGUAAAGGACUUUUGAUUUUGUGGAAAGGUAUUUGGAUUAGCCACCAUGGAUUCAUGGGGAAUUUUGAAUGUGGACAGCGCUGCGAUGGCGAUCACAAGGGAUGAUUUGGGAUCCAGCUUUCGCCGGAAACAAAUGAUGACUAUAGAAAAGCUUCCAGACAAAGUAUUAUUGAAUAUAUUUUCGUAUCUAACACAUCGAGAAAUAUGUCGAAUGGCAACGGUAUGCAAAAGAUGGCGAAUGGUCGCUUACGAUACAAAACUGUGGACUCACGUGAGUUUACGACCUGAGAUAUCAGGAUUACAUGUUGGGUCACUGGAGUCUCUCCUAGCGCUAAUAUCGAUCAGGUUUGGUCCUUCACUGCGCUACAUCGAGCUGCCGAUAGAACUGAUCACUCACACGGUGCUCCACGAGCUGGCUGCUAAAUGCCCUAACUUGACACAUAUGCUGCUAGAUUUUAGUACUGCUAUGCAGCUGCACGACUUCUCCGAGAUGCAGGCGUUCCCCACGAAGCUGCGGUACCUGUGCAUCUGUCUGUCUGAGGUCAUCUUCAUGGAGGGUUUCAUGAGGAAGAUAUACAACUUUAUCAACGGCCUUGAGAUCCUGCAUCUUAUUGGCACAUACGAGAAGGUGGAGGAAGAAGAGGAGGAAAUAUACGAGGUUAUCAACGUGCAUAAGCUGAAGUCUGCGACUCCCAACCUGCGCGUCAUCAACCUGUACGGUAUCAACUUCGUCGACGACUCGCAUAUUGAUGCCUUCAGUUCUAAUUGUAUACAGCUCGAGUGCUUGGCUGUGAACUUCUGCAACAAGGUGACAGGGUCCACCAUGAAGACCUUGUUUCAACGUUCUAGGAGACUCACCUGCCUGCUCAUGAACGGAUGCAGUCUCCAAUCCGAAUACGUAAUGCAAGUGGAAUGGGAAAAGUCUUCGAUCCAGGAGUUGGACGUGACUGCCACGGACCUGUCGACGGAGUGUCUGAUAGACAUGUUGACCAGGAUUCAGAAUUUGAGGUUCCUCAGCGCUGGACAGAUUAACGGGUUCAAUGACUCCGUGCUGAAAGCCUGGAUGGAAGCUGGUACUGCUAGAAACCUGGUGGGCCUGGACGUGGACUCGUCCGACAACCUGACGGACGAGGCGCUGCACCGGUUCCUGUCGCGGCACGGAAACCAGCUGCACGGACUCGUCCUCAGCGGGAUGCCACACAUCACCGAUCAGCUCUGGCAGAGCGUGCUGCAACUGCUCGUCAAUGCCAAGAUCCUUAUUAUGGGCACACAAGAACGUCUUGGAGUGAACAUCCACGUCGAUCAACUGAUGGACGGCAUAGCAAACAGUUGUCCUAACUUGGAGCGUCUGGAACUACGUUGGGAUCCAGAAAACUUGCGUUUUAGUGACAAGAGUCAAAAGGCUAUUGACAUUCUGCGCGUCAAAUGCUUGAAACUCAAAUGUUUGGUGCUCAGCGACGGUCGUUACUACGAAAUCGUAAAGGCUAACUUCGAGCGCGCUGACCGUACGACCGUGGUCCGCACAUCAACCAACUGCCGCGUCUCCAACUACUACCUCCUGUCCAAUUACAAGGAUCUUAUAUUCAACUAAAGCUUCCGAUUGUGUAUGUCCUAUAUUAAUAACGUUAUUGUUUUAAAUAAAUGUCUGUAAACAUAAUUAAGCUGUUAGAUUAUUUAUUUAGCGACCACUUCUAGCAAUAGCAGUAUAAAAAUGCACGUUUGGAAGUAUAGUGCUAUUGUUUUUUGCGUAGGCGUUCCGCAGGGUAGUAUUUUUGGUCCAUCGCUUGGCGCAUCGCAUUAACUGUAAAGUUUUUAUUUAAAAUAUGUAUAUUACAUCAUAAGGAGAAUAAACUAAAAAAGAGAAAUAAAACUUCUUUUCAGCUUGUCAGAGCAUUUUGAUAUUUUAAUAAAACAGGAUUAUAAAAUUUAUAAUUUGAGGUGAUAAGCAACAUAUUACUAGACAUUUUUUCAUAAUUUAAGUAUAUGUACUCACCUUGGAAGUUUCAAUGACGACUAGGUUCCACAUGUCAAUGAAAUACGUAAACAAUACAAUUUUAUUUGAAAGAUAGACAAAGUUCAUUGAAUUAUUGACUUUUAAUUAAUUCUGUAUAUUUGAGUCAACAUUGGAUAGACCUAUAGUGAAUUAUUGUUAGAUAAAUGUUUCUAAGCAGGUGUCCGACUAGUAAAUAUUACUAAUAUAAUUUUUCGCCUUUUAAUCCCCGAAAGGGUAGACAAUGUACUUAAAUCUCUAUGUACAUACAUUACACGAUAACACCAACUCUUCACAAAAAUUUCUAUCUCCAACAAAGUUAAUAAUCUCUGACAAAGUGACAAACCUAAGGAUUCUAAGCAGUAACUUAGAAAAAAUACUUAUUUCUUUCUUUAGAAAACCUAAUGCUAGACACACGUACCUAAUGCCACAAAGUUCAACAGUAAGGUCAACGACUUCUGUAUGAGGUCAGCCACAAACUCCUGCGCCGAUGUUUUGAUUUUUUAUCAUUCGUAGCUUAUUGACGUUUUUAUAUUAAUUUGUUUAAGUCUGAUAGUUAAUCAAACAAAUUAUACUUGAGGUAAAAGAAAAAAAAAAAAUAAUAUAGGUACAUACAUGAUUAUCGGUAAAACAUUAAAUACCUCGUAGGUUUGUAUUAUUAUUUCGUAUUGAACCUAAAACAUCUUGGUCGACAUCCGCACAUGCGACCACUGAAACACUGAUUUAACUUUUAACCGGUUGAUCCUGAUGUUAUUGUAGUAGACAUAAUAUUAUGUUCAACAGUAGUGUUUUUUCUUUUUGGCUACCAAGUGUCCAAUUGAUACGGUGUUGUCGACUAUACUGUCAGUGUCGAAUGGUGCAACAGUGGAUGUCUUGUGGCUGAUAAUAUUAUAAUCAGUUAUGACAUAAUGGGUGCAGGCUUGUUACGUCAU